UGUGUGAAUGUGACAUUCCGGCGGGGGAAACCUGAGAAGGUAUGACUUACGAGACACUAAAUUGGACUCCUUCUGGGAACUGAAGGGUGCUGAAGUGUCAGAAUUUCAGUUUUCUCCACAUGGUCGCCACCAGUCGCACACUCUGUGCCUCUUUCACAAGUUCAUUCAGCAGUUUUAGUUCUUAUCUUAAGAAAGUCGGCUUUUAUUCCUCUGUCGCUCAGGAUCACUAUACAAUUUCAUCUGCACUGUGUGGCUCCCCUUUCUCCUUUGCACUCUGUGGCAAAUUAACGUUCUCACCCUCUGCUAUGAUCAAACUUCAAGGCAGAGCUAAAUUAAAAGGGAGGAAGAAAGAGGAAAAAGAGGGAAGAGUUGGGUGUUUGAGAAUUGUAGGCCCCUCCCACUUUCCGGAGAUGCUCCAGCCCAUCCCUAAAUUGUGGGCCAAUGAGGCUGGCUCAUUCACUCCUACUACAAUAGGUAAGGGGAGAGAAACACAGAGCAACAGUUAUAUAUCCACACAGAGACAGACAGCAAGAGAAAGAAACACUGAAUCCAACUGGACAAGAAAUGUAGAGAAAAGAUCAGAGUUAGAAGGAAAGACAGGGAAGAAGCAAGAGAGGUUAAGAGAAACUAUAACCUUAGGGGAGUAAAGUAGAAGCUGGGAGACAGGCAGAUUAAUAGAGAUGAAGAGGCAGAACCUCUGACAAGACAGAUUUACAGUGUGGACAACCCACUGGGGGAGAAAAGCAGUAAAAAGAAGACAGGAACAUUUCAGAGGAAACAGUUUAUAACAGUUGCCUCAAGACAUUUCACAGGACAGAUAGGAAGUCCUCUGCAGGUGUAGAUGCAGACAGGUGGACUGACAGACAUGCUGCUUGGGAUAUUGUUUCUCUGCGCUGCUGGAGGAAACUGGGGGUCCACUUCUGGAGUGUGGGGGUACGGACAUCUCCAGGACAGACAGGAGAUGGAGGCACCUUUCUGCCCAGCCCCUUGCCAGUGUGAGAAAGAUGGCAUCUUUAUCAUUGUGGACUGCUCGGAGAUGGGACUAUCGUCUGUGCCGGCUGGCCUGAGCCCUUUCACCACAUACCUGGAUCUGAGUAUGAACAACAUCAGCGAGAUCCAGCCCAGAACCUUCCAUCGACUGCACCUGUUAUCAGAACUGCGUAUCUCCGGGAAUCAGCUGAGGUAUAUCUCAGGCAAUGCUCUCGAGGGUCUUCACAACCUCAGAGUUCUGAUGCUACAAAACAACCAACUGGAGAGACUUCCUGAUGAUGCUCCAUUGGACCUCCCAAACCUUCUGUCCUUGCGUCUUGAUGCCAACCUCCUGAGCAAGGUUCCAGCUGAGGCCCUCAGAGGCGUUCGCUCUUUGAGACACCUGUGGUUGGAUGACAACUCCCUAACAGAGAUUCCGGUGAUGGCCCUGGACUCUCUGCCCUCUUUGCAGGCAAUGACGCUGGCCCUCAAUCAGAUCACCCACAUUCCAGAUUAUGCAUUUACCAACCUCUCGGGGCUAGUUGUACUGCAUCUCCACAACAACCACAUACAGAGCAUGGGUUCAAGAUGUUUUGAAGGUUUACAGAGUCUGGAGACACUGGAUUUAAACUACAAUGAUCUGCAGGAGUUCCCCGUGGCAAUCAGGACUCUAAGCAAACUUCAGGAAUUGGGCUUCCAUAACAACAACAUCAAAGCAAUUCCUGAGAGGGCCUUUGUGGGAAACCCUCAGCUCCAAACCAUUCACUUUUAUGAGAACCCCAUCCAGUUUGUAGGGAAAUCUGCCUUCCAGUUCUUACCAAAGCUGCACACACUUUCCCUGAAUGGAGCAACCCAAAUUCAAGAGUUUCCCGAUUUAAAAGGAACAACCAGCCUAGAACUUUUGACACUGACUCGGGCAGGUCUCUCAGCUCUUCCCCUGGAUCUAUGUGAGCAAUUGGCUCACCUAAGAGUGCUGGAGUUGUCUUACAACCAGAUAGAGAACCUUCCCAGUUUUUACCACUGUUCUGCACUUCAAGAGAUUGGACUGCAACAUAAUCAAAUCAGAAGAAUAGAGUCAAGCACCUUCCAGCAGCUCACCUACCUUAGAGCACUUGACCUAAGCUGGAACAUGAUUGAGUGGAUCCACCCAGAUGCCUUUGCCUCACUUCACUCUUUGAUCAAACUGGACCUGACUGAGAACAGUCUCAGCUCUGUACCAGUUGUAGGUUUGGGGGGCCUUACGCAUCUUAAACUGAGGGGGAACAAAGAAUUAUAUGAAGCCUUCAGUCCUGAUCACUUCCCACACAUGAGGGUGAUAGAGAUGCCUUAUGCCUACCAGUGCUGCAUAUAUGCAUCCUGUAACAGCUACAAGCCCACUACCCAGUGGGACACAGAGCUGAGCAACACCAAUGAAGACCUACACAAGAGGACGGUGGCCAUGUACCCCGUCCAUGCAGACACUAACUAUGACCCUGAUCUGGAGGAGUUCCAGUUGGAAAUAGAAGAAUCCAAGUUACAGACCAGUGUCCAAUGUACUCCCAUACCUGGUCCUUUCCGUCCUUGUAACUCCCUUCUGGGCAGCUGGCUAGUCCGUGUUGGCUUGUGGUCCAUCUCGCUGGUGUCUCUGCUGGGGAACGCCAUCCUGUUCUUGUCUCUCUUCGGAUCACCGGGCAGCCUGUCGCCACUCCGCUUCAUCGUGGCCUGCAUGGGCGCUUCCAACCUGCUAAUGGGGGUGUGUACAUGCACACUGGUCCUUGUGGACGCCUUCACACUGGGAGAGUUCAGUGACCACGGAGCCCGCUGGGAGGCAGGACCUGGUUGUCAGGCGACAGGAUGGGUUUGGGUGUUUGCAUCUGAGGCGAGCGUGCUGCUGCUGACUCUGGCAGCAGUGCAGUGUGGUGUGAGCGUUACAUGUGCCCGCGCCUAUGGAAAAUCCCCAUCUCUUGGCAGUGUACGCACAUGUGCGUGUUUUUGUCUCACUAUCUCCCUCACACUUGCUUCACUCCCACUGUUUGGAGUAGGGGAGUACGGGUCUUCACCAUUCUGCCUUCCUUCACCGCUGCCAACUACAUCUCGUCUGCCAUCCUCCAUGGGAUUCCCGUUGGCACUAAUUAUGAUGAACACCGUUUGUUUGCUUAUAGUCACAGGUUCAUACAUCCGCCUGUACUGGGAGCUACUUCGGGGGGAAUGUGAGGGCUUGUGGGACUGUGCUAUGAUCAAACAUGUUGCAUGGCUGAUCUUCACUAAUGGCCUUCUCUACGUACCAGUAGCUUUCAUAUCACUCUGUUCCCUUCUGGGUCUUCUCUCUUUGGGGGAGGAGGUCCUGAAAUCAGUUCUUCUUCUGCUACAACCCCUGCCUGCUUGCCUUAACCCUCUGCUCUUUCUUCUUUUCACACGAGACCACUUUCAGUUGUUUUCCUGGUCUCGUCCCAAAGCUUGCCCGCAACUGCGCCGGGACCACACCUUGGACUCGCUGGUUUCUGUGGAGACGGAAAAGAGCUCCUACUCAGAUUCAUCAACACAGGUGUCACUGACUGAUGCCAAUGCCACAUACAGUGCAGGGUCUUCUCUCCAGCCUGGUUUAGAUUCAAUCAGGUUUUCCCAAUGUUCCUCUACAUCCGCUGUUCACCUUAUCCCUUGCCAAGUACCGACCGUGACAGCCCGAGAAAGGGAGAGGGUGACAGAAUGAAAGAGCACAAGAGUAUGGAUCAAGAUGUGAUUCAUCCCAUUUUUCCUUCUGUGCUAUGCUACAAUGACUCACCUUAUAUUUACAAGGCCCUUAACAGCUUUCUGAAAAUAUGGUGGAAAAAAUGGACAUUCAAGGACCACAACAUUGCAGCUUUUCUGGGCUACCCAUCUAUUAACUCUUGAGAAUGAGUCACGCAAAGAUAUUGACUACUAAAGAGAUGUUGAUAAGCGAACAGUCUUCCCAAAUAGAGAGAGGGACUGAAAGUUGCUUCUUUGCCAGUACUCUUGAACUAAAGGACAAUUUCAGAGACUAUUCAGAGACUGAGUCCAUCAACAAGGAGUUGAACAAACAAUACAAUGUAAAAACAGCUGAUAAUCACAUUGGAAAUCAAAGCUACAGCUACAUCAAUGGCUAACCCUGAGGGAAGAAAUGUGAUGAGAAAUGCAGCUCAGAAGUUGCAUAUUGUUUGAUAAUGUUUAAGUGGACCUUGUUGUUAAAUAUAAUUCUAUCAUAAAACUAAGUUGUUUUUUUUUUUUUUUUUUUUUUUUAAAGGGGAUUGUCAAACAUACCAGCAAAUGUUCUAAGUGUAAGCUAACAUGUUUUGUCCAGAGCAAUUUUACUGCCAUAUAUGACUUUACAGCUGUGUAAUAGAGCGGUUUUUAUAAAAAUGUUAUUCUUUAGGUAAAAAUUAAUCUGGGUUGCACAUGUAGUUUUAAAUGGUUUACAUGAUUUUGCUCAGAAACAUGCAACUUUGCCCAACAAGCAUUAAGCAGUCUGGAUUGAAUGGGCUGUAUUCCUGCCAACCUUAGAGUGAUCUUUAUAUACAUACAAUGUAACUACCUCUGAACUAUGGUAUUGACUCACUACAGCCUUUAUUAUUUGUCUCCUUUUUAUAAACAGCAAAUAUAUAAUUUUAUAUAUUAAGAAAUAUAAUUUUAGUUUGUAAAAAAAACUUGUAUCAUUUAGGUUGUACAUACUUUAUACGUAUUGUAAACAUGUUUAAAUAAAAUUAUGAUCCACA